AUGAGCUCUGGAAGUAACUCCAACAAGAAUAAGAUCAACUACAUCCAGAAGCUGACAGAGCAGAAGAAUAAAAUAAAUAUUAUUAACGAUUUACAAAGUAGAGGUCUAGAUAUUUUAGAAUGGAAGAGACUUAAUCUAAUCCAGAGAACCAAAGUCGUACAAUUUUACUAUGAACAUAAUCAUUCGAUUGUAAACACUAAGAGAGCUUAUCGAAGAUUUUUUAACGUGCGAACCGCCCCAUCCACUGGGGCUAUCCGCAGCAUUAUUUGGCGUUUUCAAACCCAGGGUUCUGUAUCGGACCUUCUCCGAACUGUACGACCACGUUUAGCUUUCACUGGAGAAAACAUAGAGAGAGUAGAGGAAAGUUUUCAAGAGGACCUCGAACCAUCGACCAGAAGAAGGUCAACUCAAUUAGGCCUCUCCAGGACAUCCCUCAGAAGAAUAUUGAAACAUUUGCGGAUGUUUCCUUACAAAAUUCAAAUGGUUCAUCACUUACGACCACAAGAUUAUGCACAACGACAAAAUUAUGCCAUUCGUUUUCAGCAAUUGGUUAGAGAGAAAGAAGAUUUUUUAAAUCGUCUAAUAAUGACUGAUGAGGCGCAUUUUCAUCUGAAUGGUUUUGUGAAUACGCCAAAUGCAAGAAUUUGGGAAAGGCAAAAUCCAAGGGCUGUACACGAGAGAGAACUACACCCCAUUAAAUGUACGGUUUGGUGUGGUGUUACCAUUCAGGGUAUUAUUGGGCCUUAUUUCUUUUAA